AUGUCUCCUGCAGUGCGGCGCGAACCCGGCGACCUGCGCAUAUCCAGAGACUCGGCGACACUCCGCCACCCAGCGCACGACGCCGGUGACACCUCACAGGACUCCCUCGAAACCUGUCUUCGAAAAGUACCGUCCGUUUCCGGAGGGGGGUUGCCCGCAACCAAACACCCAAAACACAAAUCCAGACGCGAGCGGUCCGGACAGCGGGGCCGGCGCAGGAUGAAGGCGAACGACAGAGAGCGCCACCGGAUGCACAACCUGAACUCCGCCCUGGAGGCCCUGAGGAGCAUCCUGCCGGCGCUGCCCGACGACGCGAAGCUGACCAAGAUCGAAACCCUGCGCUUUGCCCACAACUACAUCUGGGCUCUGACCGAGACUCUGCGCAUGGCCGACCAACACGGACACGCGGCGGACUACCUGCCCGUGGCGUCGGAUCUGAGGAGCCCAUCCAGUGUUUUAUCCGCGGAGUCUGGUUACGUGACCUCAGCUGACCUCGACCCAAGAGACUCCUACACGUCAGUUGAUGAAAUGAGCUGUAAAAUCGUCACAAGAGGAGAACCCAGCACUAUCCCUUUCACCUUUUAUCUCAAGUCUCUAUGUGGUGAAAAUACUUGGCACUAGUCCUUUUUUUAAUGUCCAUUUCUGCUACAAGGAGCAGUACCUGGUAGAUACGGCCGACUAUCCAUACUUAAAGCUCAUCUAGAGAAGAACACUGCUACUGCGAUGCUCUCCAUGGCUCGGGCACGUACAGGGACGUACAGCGCCUGGUCGCAGCAGGUGUUUCCCCAUCAGCGAUCAAGGUGCAGUGACGUCUCUUGAUUGCGCUCUCCCAUUGGCCAGAAAAGCAGCGCAGCAGCACCUUCUACCUUCGCUGUGCAUGUACUCUUCACAGGGGUUGAAAAUUGGGCUCACAAUCAGUCACAAAACAUAAUCUGUUUCCCAGAUGAAGUACUUUUACAGCGUAAGCCAUGAAUAUCAUUCGAAGCAAUUUCUUUGUGUUGGAAAACGCUUUCAUGACCAUGUUGCGCCCACAUUAUUUUCCAUCUUACUGUCACAGAGAAUGUCUCUAAGAGAACAUGAAGCACAACCAGUGAUUUAGGAAGAC